AUGCAAUUCAAAUCUGUUAUCGUCGCUUUCGCUGCUGUCUCCGCUGUUUCAGCUGCUUCUAACUCCACUGUCGGUGGUGCUUCCAACGGUACUGUUGGUGGUGCUUCCAACGGUACUGCUGGUGGUGCCUCUAACGGUACUGCUGGUGGUGCCUCUAACGGUUCUUCUGGUUCUACUGGUGAAUCCGGUGCUUCCAUCGUCGGUGCUGGUGUCGUUGGUGCUGUUGCUGCUGCUGGUGUCGCUUUAUUAUUCUAA